AUGGUGGUAUCUCCUCUUUGCUGGCUUUACUGCCUACUGUUUUCAACAUGGUGGUGGCUUACAGUUUCAACGUCGGAGAUGGUGUUUUUUCCUUUAACUCAUUCAUUAUCCAAAACUCAAUUCACAACCCCACACCACCUCCUCAAAACCACAUCAGCCCGCUCUGCAUCCCGAUUCCGCCACCGCCACCACCGUCACAAGCAAGUACCACUCCCUCUUUCUCCUGGCAGUGACUACACUCUCUCCUUCACUCUUGGCUCCCCUUCCUCCCCGACUAUUUCGCUUUACCUCGACACUGGUAGCGACCUCGUUUGGCUUCCUUGUUCCCCAUUCGAAUGCAUUCUCUGCGAAUCAAAAGCUCCACCACUGUCUCCUCCUCUUAAUCUCUCCGCCUCCGCCUCCGCCGUCCCAUGCAAAUCCUCCACCUGCUCCGCCGCUCACUCUUCCCUCCAUUCCUCCGACCUUUGCGCCAUUGCGCGUUGUCCCCUCGACUACAUUGAAAUGUCUGAUUGCAACUCCUACCCUUGCCCUCCGUUUUACUAUGCGUACGGCGACGGUAGCUUAAUCGCCCGUCUUUAUAAAGACUCUUUAACUCUCCCCAAUUCCCUCUCCGUUCAAAACUUCACUUUCGGUUGUGCCCACACCACCUUGGGCGAACCGGUUGGUGUAGUCGGGUUCGGUUUCGGGCGGCUCUCUUUGCCAGCUCAGCUUUCCUCGGUGUCUCCUCAACUCGGUAACAGAUUCUCCUACUGUUUAAUUUCUCAUUCGUUCGAUUCCGACAAGGUUAGGAUACCGAGUCCGCUGAUUCUUGGUCGACACGAGGACAAAGAAAAGCAGCUUGGUAAUAAAAUUGUCCAGUUUGUUUACACGGAUAUGCUUUCAAAUCCUAAACAUCCUUAUUUUUAUUCCGUGGGGUUGGAGGGUAUCUCCGUCGGGAAAAGGAAAAUUCCGGCGCCGGAGAAUUUGAAGAGGGUGGACAGAAGGGGAAGUGGAGGGAUGGUGGUGGAUUCCGGGACAACAUUCACGAUGUUACCGGCGAGUUUGUAUGAGUCAGUGGUGGCUGAGUUCGAUCACCGAGUGGGGCGUUAUUACAAGAGGGCGAGUGAGGUAGAAGAUAGUACCGGGUUGAAUCCGUGUUAUUUUUACGACAAGGUAACCAAAGUACCGGGGAUUACGUUUCAUUUUGCGGGGAAUGAAUCGGGUGUGGCUUUGCCGAGGAGGAAUUACUUUUAUGAAUUCAUGGACGGUGGUGAUGGAGUAGGGAAGAAGAGGAAUGUGGGGUGUAUGAUGCUGAUGAACGGUGGUGACGAGGAGGAGUUGAGUGGUGGGCCAGGGGCAACGCUGGGGAACUAUCAGCAACAAGGUUUUGAAGUGGUUUAUGAUUUGGAGAAUAGGAAGGUUGGAUUUGCAAGGAGAAAGUGCUCUUCUUUAUGGGAUAGCUUCGAAAAUUAAGUCAAGUGGGUAAAUACUUGCAAAUCAACGCUGCUUUCUUAUUAAGUGGGUAAAUACUUGCAAAUCAACGCUGCUUUUCUUAUCUGCACUUCAAUUCUUGCUUUAUGGACUCUGCCAAUUGUGUAUAUUGUUAAUACCUACGUAUGAGGUGGGUAAAUAUUCAAGUGUAAUAGAGAUUCAAUUCUGUAGAUAAUCGUAUGAGAAAAAACAUUAAUUGUUUUGGGGGUGUUGAAUGAAUUAUCUUUUUAGA